CUGGAGGGCGAGCUGGAGCAGUGGCUGGAGAAGUCGAUCGGCUCGGGCGAUUGGACGGCGAACGCUCGGCACAUCACGCGCUCGUGGCUCCGGGACGGCCUGAAGCCCCGGUGCAUCACACGAGACCUGCGCUGGGGGACGCCCGUGCCUCACGAGGACUUCAAGGAGAAAGUGUUCUACGUGUGGUUCGACGCUCCUAUUGGCUACCUGUCCAUCACGGCAAACUACACCGACCAAUGGGAGAAAUGGUGGAAGAACCCUCAGCAGGUGGAGCUGUACAACUUCAUGGCGAAGGACAACGUUCCCUUCCACAGUGUCGUCUUCCCUUGUUCACUUCUCGGAGCUCAAGACAACUACACACUGGUCAAUAACCUCAUUGCCACCGAAUACUUGAAUUACGAGGACACCAAGUUCUCCAAGAGCCGUGGUGUGGGUGUGUUCGGUGACAAUGCGAAGGACACGGGCAUCCCGUCUGACGUGUGGCGCUUCUACCUGCUGUUCCUGCGGCCCGAGGCUCAGGACUCCGCCUUCUCAUGGGCCGACAUGGCCAUCAAGAACAACUCUGAGCUGCUCAACAACCUGGGCAACUUCAUUAACAGGGCAGGGAUGUUUGUGAGUAAGUUCUUCGACGGCUGUGUUCCUGAGAUGCUCCUGAAUGAAGACGAUAAGCGUCUCAUCGCUCAGGUGUGCUGGGAGCUCAAGCAGUACAUCUCGCUGCUGGAUAAAGUCAGGAUCCGUGACGCUCUGAAGUGCAUCCUGAACAUCUCUCGUCACGGGAACCAGUACAUGCAGGUUAACGAGCCCUGGAAGAAGAUUAAAGGAGGAGACGACGACAGGCGACGCGCCGGGACCGUGACGGGGGUGUGUGUGAACGUGGCGUGUCUCCUGUCUGCCGUGCUGGAGCCGUAUAUGCCGACGGUCAGCCACACCAUCCGUGUCCAGCUCCAGGCUCCGCCCACCUGUGCCAGUGCCCAGCUCCAGGGCCCGGGGAGCUUCGUCUGCUCACUGCCGGCCGGGCACCGCAUCGGCACGGUCAGUCCUUUGUUCCAGAAGUUGGAGAACGAACAGAUUGAGGCUCUGAAGAAAAGAUUCGGAGGUCAACAGCCGGAAGAGGAGUGUGUUGAAGCGAAGACGCAGAGUUCCAGCAGCGCCUCAGCCGAGACCAAACCUGGAGCUCCACAGGAGCAUCUGAACACCGACCCCGAGAGAGUCAAACACCUGACGACUCUAGUGGCUGAACAAGGCGAUAAAGUACGAGCUCUAAAAGCUCAGAAAGUGGAGAAGUCGGUCAUCGGGGAAGAAGUGGCCAAAUUACUCGACCUGAAAAAACAACUUAGUCUCGCAGAGGGCAAGAACACAGAGCCGGCGGCUCAGAAAGCCAAGAAGAAAUGAGAGAAAAGGUGAACAUGAAGAAGAAGAAGAAAUAAAAACUUUGUAUUUUUUACAAUAUUUUCUGGGAACUACAGGUGAAACUCGAAAAAUGAGAAUAUGGUGCAAAAGUUCAUUUAUUUCAGUAAUUCAACUUAAAAGGUGAAACUAAUAUAUUAUAUA